GCGCCGGAGCCACGUCAGCGUCUGAUCUGCGGGCCGCGCGUGUGGCGAGAUGGGGAAUGCGGCCCUGGGAGCCGAGCUGGGCUUGCGGGUCCUGCUCUUUGUGGCCUUCCUGGCGACCGAGCUGCUCCCUCCCUUCCAGCGGCGGAUUCAGCCCGAGGAGCUGUGGCUUUACCGGAACCCGUACGUGGAGGCGGAAUACUUCCCCACCGGCCCCAUGUUUGUCAUUGCCUUUCUCACUCCACUGUCCCUGAUCUUCCUCGCCAAGUUUCUGAGGAAAGCUGACGCCACCGACAGCAAGCAAGCCUGCCUCGCUGCCAGCCUUGCCCUAGCUCUGAAUGGUGUCUUUACCAACAUCAUAAAACUGAUAGUGGGCAGGCCACGCCCAGAUUUCUUCUACCGAUGCUUCCCUGAUGGGAUGGCCCAUUCUGACCUGACUUGCACAGGGGACAAGGAUGUGGUGAAUGAGGGCCGAAAGAGCUUCCCCAGUGGACACUCUUCCUUUGCCUUUGCUGGUCUGGCCUUUGCUUCCUUCUACCUGGCAGGGAAGUUACACUGCUUCACACCCCAAGGCCGAGGGAAGUCCUGGAGGCUUUGUGCCUUUCUGUCACCUUUACUCUUUGCAGCUGUGAUUGCACUGUCCCGCACGUGUGACUACAAGCACCACUGGCAAGAUGUGCUCGUUGGAUCCAUGAUUGGAACAACAUUUGCCUAUGUCUGCUACAGGCAGUACUACCCCCCUCUCACUGACACAGAGUGCCAUAAACCAUUCCAGGACAAGCACAGACUUCCGUUUUCACAGAAGCCCAGUGUGCCUCACCAUUUGGAUAUUUAGUUGAGUCUACCUCAGUGGAGAGCAAGCAAAUCAAUCCUAACUGGACACCAUGCACAAGCCAAAGAUUUCUGGCUUUUACCUCUUCCAAGGUCAAAGGGAGGACGCAGCCACACUGUGCACCUUUGCCCCACUUCCAAGGCUAGACCCUGAGGUCUCACUGCCUGGCUUGACACGGGCUCUCUCAGUGCUUCUCUCACUAGGUUAAUGAGUCCGGUCAGAUCUAGUCAGUGUCUUUAUGUCGAUGUAAAUGUCACUCCUGAAGAAAGCUUUUUAUAAAGGAAGCUUCUCAUGACCCCAUUUUAUCCUUAAUUACCAGACGUAAUCUCUGUCCCUUAUAAAUUAGGGCAGUUCCAAACUUUGAUUCUGUUUACUUUUUGUGGUAACAUUCCAUUAAGCCUUAAAUAAUAAAACAUCCAAUUUUUUACUUUUUACUACAUUAGGAAAGAAAACUUACGGGUAUUAUCUAGAAGAUAAAUGUAUCUUUUUCUGCCUUUUGUUCACAAAGAAACAUAUGGAGCAGCUAGAGGCUCUCACUAGAACUUGAUCCUGAGGACCACUUGAUGGAUAGCUACCUUUUCUUCAUUGUUACUAUACUUUAAAUAAAAUUCAGUCUUGUGUAUUUCUUCCUA